UAUCAGGCGACGCUUGGAGGUGCGCGCGCGCAGCGGAGGAACAGUUGAUGUUCGUGCGUUGAAAGGAAGAGACAUCCGCUAGUAACACUAGUGCGCGGAGUGCCUACAGUGAUAAAUAUUUACGAGUGCCUUUUGUAUCAAAAACUUUGGAGUGCUUAUGCGACGGUGCUUGAUAUAAGAGGAUAAUUUAUCGCGUGAUAAGGUAGACAACCGGCAUAUACAACGGGAAAGAUGAAAUUUUCGUUGAGGUUACAGCUGCUGACUUGCCUGGUGCUGUACGCGUCAUGCGCACACGCAAUCAUGGUGAAGUUCGGUACAAAGGGCGGGCCCAUUGAGCCGCCACCGCCGGAACCGCCGCUGCCGGCGCCGCAGCCGAGCCGUGUUCCGGCGCCUGUUUGGGAGGAACGACUUAACGACAAUCCUGACCCCAAUGCUCAAUGGCGACCCCAACUCUUCAUACCUCAACCACGCUACACCCAAAUCGUGUUCAACAACGAAGUGCCUAUCAACAACGCUCAACGAUUUGUCAACUCCUACGUCCCGCGACAUCAACCUAUCCAGGCUCCUCCAACCACCAACUACUUCACUCCUUCUCAAAUCCUCAGUUCCCAAAGCCUACCUGGAUUCGGUAUUCGAUACUUCCUUCCUGCGUACGUCAACGACCUUCAACAGAGGAAGCAAGAGUUCAGACAAGCAGACGCGAAACAUAAUGAAAUUGAAACCAAUGACGUCGUUGGUGCGAGUGUGGAAUCUCCAAGUGACGCUCAGUGGAAGUAUGAGAAGGAAGCUACGAAAAGGACUGUAAGACAUCCGCAACCGCCAACCCCAUACCCGUAUCAGUUUCCAGCCUACAUCCCGAGACGACAGCAGUAACUCAGUAAACAGUUUCUCACUAUCAUCGCAGUUCAAACGAACACCUUGAGAACUUUGUAUAGUACCUAACUUAAUACUGUGAUGUCGUUAAAUAUAGGUCAGUCACCGAAUGAUGACGAUUUUGAUAAACGUACAAACAAUAGUAGAUAUAAAAUGUGUGCGUCAAAAUAUAAUUAACAUUUUUAUAAUAGUGAACAUAAACACAAAGUCGUCAUUAAUCGGCGGCAGAGCUUUAGAUAGUAAUUUAGUUUAAGAUAAAAGUGCCAGAUGAUAAAAUAUUAUUACGACAUAAAUUAAACCUUUUAUAGGCAGGCUGAAGAUUGUUCAGAUAAAUGGUGUUGGCGGUUGUUUACCACGAGCAUAGCGAAUUCCUAAAAAGCCCAGUUUUGAAAAUAAUCGUGAUGAAUGGAACAUAAUGUGUUGCAUUAUUCAUUGUGUGUGAAGUAUUAGGUAUAUGUGGAAAGCCGAAUGUUAACAUCAAUUACUAAAAGUGUCCUUCUACGCUUCGGCAGCUCGACUUGCAGUCAUUCGUAAUUUUUUUCAUAGUUCCUUUCGAAUUUCAACCGUGAUUUGUUUGAAAUACAAUUACUUAGAAAGUAAUUACUUUGUAAAUUAUAUCUUUUGUUUUACUUUGCAUUUCUUUUUGUUUAGAUUUUUUGUUUCCCAAAAGAAAAUAAUGUAGAGAAAGUGAUUUUGGUAGUUUUCGUGCAAAACAUAGUCUACAGAUAAACUAUUACGUAUUCAGUCACCGUGACCGGACGUUUUUGUCCACAAUUGUCUAUAAUAUUUUCUUUCUUACUUUGUAAAUUACUUCUAAUUAUCUAGAGAAGAGAGUAUUGUUGUUAUUUCGAAUUUACUUUUUCCAUGCGAAUUUGUAAAGUUAUUUUCAUUAAAACUAUGUCAUUGUUGUUUUUUAAUACGUAAUUCCUAUGAAAACGACUGUUUUCUUUUCAUGUGAAUUAUGUUGUCUAUACAAACAAUAUAUUUUAUUAUUCCCUUAAGCCCUAAGUUCUAUGGCUGUAAUUAUAAUGCUUGUAAAUAUGUAAAAUAAACAAACAUACAAUUUUA